GUCCGCGUUCUCUCCGCCAAACCCCCCCACGGCCAGAUCAGGUGGUCUUCACCACGACCUCCAGACUCAUAUAAUUUUCCCUCAUAUCCGUGGACUGAGAAGCCCAUGAUCCGAUGAACCGGGCACAAGCUUGCUUUGCGAUGCUCCAUCCCAGCAGUCCCUCAUCCACGUCUAUUUGCCUGUGAUCGACUCCGAAUACGGACCUCGCCUACCACGAACAUUAGGCGAACUUUUUCUUCCUCCUUCCCCACGAAUAGAGCGAGGAAGGGUACUGCGAUGCAUAUUAUAAAGCCAGUUUGGCUGACGCAUGGGGGCGAGCGAAAGGAUUUCGAAGUGUAUAGCUGCGAUGUUUCUCCCGACGGAUCUCGCUUGGUGACUGCGGCUGGAGAUGGCUAUGUUCGGAUCUGGUCUACGGAGGCCAUUUGCAACACCGAGGACCCGCAGUCUGGCAAUAAACCUAAGCAGCUGGCUUCCAUGAGCAAUCACUCCGGCACGAUUCACACGGUUCGGUUUUCGCCCAACGGGAAAUACUUGGCGUCGGGGGCAGACGAUAAGAUUGUGUGCAUUUAUACGCUGGAUGCUAAUCCUCCUUCUCAUGCGUCUACGUUCGGAUCCAACGAGGCGCCCCCCGUGGAGAACUGGCGCACCAUCCGAAGGUUGAUCGGCCACGAUAACGACGUUCAGGAUCUAGGCUGGUCGUACGAUUCGUCCAUCCUUGUUUCUGUGGGGUUGGAUUCUAAAGUCGUGGUUUGGUCGGGGCAUACAUUUGAGAAGCUCAAGACGCUGUCCAUUCACCAGAGUCAUGUCAAGGGAAUUACGUUCGACCCCGCGAAUAAGUACUUUGCUACGGCUAGCGACGAUCGCACGGUUCGCAUCUUUCGAUUCACGUCCCCUGCGCCGAAUUCCACCGCUCACGAUCAUUUGAACAACUUCAUUCUCGAAACUACCAUCACCGCGCCGUUCUCGAACUCGCCUCUCACCGCGUACUUCCGACGUUGUUCUUGGUCUCCGGAUGGCAUGCAUAUUGCGGCCGCGAAUGCGGUCAAUGGACCCGUCAGCUCGGUCGCGAUCAUCAAUCGCGGCUCGUGGGAUGGUGACAUCAACCUCAUCGGGCAUGAAGCCCCUGUUGAAGUGUGCGCCUUCUCUCCGCGACUGUACUCCACAGAGCCGAUCAAUAAGCAGGCUGUGGAUAGCCAGGGUCACGCGGUGGUCAACUCCGUGACCGUAAUCGCUUGCGCGGGAGGGGAUAAGUCCCUCAGUAUUUGGAUUACGAGUAAUCCACGACCGAUUGUGGUCGCGCAAGAGCUGGCUGCUAAAUCGAUAUCUGAUUUGGCCUGGAGUCCGGAUGGAAGGUGCCUCUACGCAACCGCCCUCGACGGCACGAUUCUUGCAGUCCGGUUUGAAGAUGGCGACCUCGGCUAUGCCAUGGAAAUGGAAGAGAACGAGAAGUCGCUUACUAAAUUCGGCACUAACCGGCGGGGUGCAGGCAUCGCCGAGACGACGGAUGGGCUACUGCUUGAGGAGAAAAGCAAAGCUGGAGAAAUCAAGGGCGUCGAAGGUCGUAUGGGGGCUCUGAUGGGUGACGAUCACGCAACUACAGAGCCUACGGCCAACGGGAAACCGGCUCAAGCACAGUCGAAUGGCGUCACUACAACCUCUGCUCCUUCACCAGCUUCAGAUGCGCCGAAGGCCCAGCCCAAUGGAACAGCAGCGACACCGGCGGCCCCAGAGCCUGAGAAACCUGACCCUUAUCAGGCAAAACUUGAAAGGUUGAAGCAGCGUCCCACAUACACGAAGGACGGAAGAAAGCGGAUAGCGCCUCUCUUGGUGUCUGGGGCUGGUGCUGCCGAGUCAUCCCUCCCACAGUCCCGGUUAAUGGCGUCGGUCAGCAGUCAAGUGAAGGCCGAUACCCCGCAAUCGAUUAUCGAUCUCUCGAAACCUUUCGACGGGCUGCCCAAGGGAGGGAUUGCAGCGCUGCUUUUCGGAAACAAGCGCAAGCUCGCACAGCUUGAGGGCGACGAUGAUGGACAUAUUGAGAAGCGUGUGACCCUGGCGAGCCAGAAUGGGGCGACCCCGAUUCUAGCCAACACGCCCGACGGCCUGUUACCUGCGCAGACGCAACCUGCGCCGACGGGCCAGCAACAGACUCCAGAAUACAUCCGGCCUGCGGUAACGAAUCCCUGCAUGGCAAUCAGCCAACUCCGGUUGGCUGUCCCGAAGAUUCGGAGUCAGAUACUACGAGCCAUAGAUUCCACUGGCAAGCCCACGGAGCCCCCCGGCACAUCUAGCGAAUUUAACAAAUCGCGAGCCGAUGUUAUUUUCGAAGCGCGUAACCCGUCUCCGGCAAGCUUGACGGGGCGUGUCGUUGACCGAGAGCCGGUCCGACUUACCCUGUUCCGUGGUGAACAGCCGUUGUGGCAGGACUUCCUCCCACGACCUGUUCUGCUGGUGACCGGUAACCAGAGCAUGUGGGCCGCAGCCUGUGAAGAUGGGUCUGUGUAUAUCUGGACUCCAGCUGGACGUCGCUUAGUCAGUGCGCUGGUACUGGAGGCGCAGCCCGUAGUCCUGGAGUGUAAUGGUCCCUGGAUUCUCUGCAUCACGACCGUGGGCAUGUGCUACGUAUGGAAUGUCAAGCACCUCUCCUCGCCCCAUCCACCUAUCUCCCUCCAGCCAGUGCUGGACGCGGCCAUCCACACAUUGGGUGCUCAUCCGACGGCUGCGCCUGCCAUCACCAAUGCUCGCAUCAACUCCGAAGGCCGGAUCGUGGUCGCGUUGACGAAUGGCGAGGGGUAUUCCUACUCCCCGUCCAUGUAUACUUGGCAGCGGAUUUCGGAGGCCUGGUGGGCGGUGGGCAGCCAGUAUUGGAACACGACCGAAGCACCAGUGGGCAACCUUCAGUCCGCCGACGCGCAGCAAGACAAGGAAGCCAAGGCAGCCGUGUCGGCCGGCAUCAUUCCGUUUUUGGAACGUAAUACCACCAACGAGACCUUGCUGCGGGGUCGGGCCUACUUCUUACAACGACUGAUCAAGGUCCUGCUCUCCCGCGAGGGCUACGAAAGCUUCGAGUCCAGCGUAUCCAUCGCUCACCUGGAGAACCGACUGGCUGCCGCGCUAUCUCUCGGGGCCAAGGACGAAUUCCGUCUUUACCUGUCGAUGUAUGCUAAGCGUCUCGGGGCGGAAGGAUUGAAGAUGAAGGUGGAAGAGCUUCUGAAGGGGCUGAUCGGCGGUUUGUUUGAGGAAGAUGAGACGGAUACCGUUCGUCGUCUGCAGGACAACGAGCAAGAGGGCCGGAAUUGGCGCGAGAGCUCCGAGACGCUCUGUGGCUGGCCACGGGAAGUGUUGCUGAAGGAGGUGAUCUUAUCACUCGGCAAACAUCGGGAUCUUCAGCGGGUGACGGUGCCGUACGCCAAACUACUGGGCAUGGUCGACAAUGAAGCGGAGGGUAGUGAUGCGAUGGAGACAUAGACUGUGUCUUGUGCCUUGUUGCAGUUUCAAACCGAUCAUCUGCGUUUGGCGUUCGUUUGGCGUUGCGUAGCCACUUUCAGUCCAUACCGACGGAUGGAUGGAUGGAUGGAUGGAUGGAUUGCAUGCAUGGGUUUGGGGAAGGAUCAAUUUUUAUUCGAGCAUCAUGCGGAUCAUGCUUUCGCUACUGUGUAC